AUGAAGACUUUUGUUGCCGCCCUCUCCGUGGUGGGUGUUGCCCAGGCGGGAUUCAGCACCGAGACCAUUCACAAGGGAUCCGCCCCAGUUCUCAGCUCUGUCCACGCUGAAGUCGUUCCUGACUCUUACAUCAUCAAGUUCAAGGACCACGUCAACGAGGCCACGGCCAGCGACCAUCAUAACUGGAUUCAGAACAUUCACAGACAUGGCGAGGAGGAGCGUUUGGAACUCCGCAAGCGUAGCCUCGGAUCCUCAGAGAAGACAUUUGCCGGCAUGAAACAUACGUACAACAUUUCCAGCGGCUUCAAGGGGUAUUCAGGCCACUUCCAUGAGUCCGUCAUUGAGAAGAUACGAAAUCAUCGCGAUGUUGAGUUCAUCGAGAAGGAUACAAUUGUCCACAUUCUGCGCCCUGUCAGCUCCGAGGACUCUGAGCAGGAGGGUUGCAAUCCCGAGACCGAGAAGCAGGCUCCUUGGGGCCUUGCCCGUGUCUCCCAUCGCAAGGGGCUUUCCUUCAGCACCUACAAUAAGUACUUGUAUGCUGAAAAUGGUGGCGAAGGCGUCGACGCCUACGUCAUUGACACUGGUACCAACAUUGAACAUGUCGACUUUGAAGAUCGUGCCAAAUGGGGCGCGACUAUUCCUUCUGGCGAUGCUGAUGAGGAUGGCAACGGCCACGGUACUCACUGCUCUGGAACCAUUGCCGGUAAGAAGUAUGGUGUUGCCAAGAAAGCAACCGUCUAUGCCGUCAAAGUUCUCCGCUCCAACGGCUCUGGCAGCAUGGCAGAUGUUGUGAAGGGUGUUGAAUUCGCCGCCACCAACCACCUUGAGCAGGCUCAGCUUGCCAAGAAUGGCAAGCGAAAGGGGUUCAAGGGUUCCGUCGCCAACAUGUCUCUUGGUGGUGGCAAGACACAGGCUCUGGACGCUGCAGUCAACGCUGCCGUCCAGGCGGGCAUUCAUUUCGCCGUCGCUGCCGGCAAUGAUAACGCCGACGCCUGUAAUUACUCUCCUGCUGCCGCUGAGCUUCCCGUCACUGUCGGUGCCUCUGCCUUUGAUGAUAGCCGUGCUUACUUUUCCAACUAUGGAAAGUGCACCGACAUCUUUGCUCCUGGGCUAAACAUCCUGUCCACCUGGAUCGGCUCCAAGUAUGCUGUCAACACUAUCUCGGGCACUUCCAUGGCAUCUCCUCACAUCUGCGGUCUCCUCGCCUACUAUCUCUCACUUCAUCCGGCCAGUGACUCAGAGUACUCUGUCGCUCCAAUCACUCCCAAGCAGCUCAAGGAUACUCUCAUCGAUAUCUCCACUCAGGACGUCCUCUCCGACAUCCCCAAGGACACACCCAACAAGCUGGCCUGGAAUGGCGGCGGCUGCAGCAAUUACUCCAAGAUUGUUGCUGCCGGUGGCUGGACUGGCGAGCCCAAGGCGUCUGAACUGCAGCCGGUUGAGAACUCUGUCAAGAAGGAGAUGAAGAUUCUUACCCACAAGGUCUCCCAUGGCGUCAAGGACUUGGGCGAUAAGACUGAAGAGUUCGUCGCAAAGAUUCACGACGUCGUCGACAAGGAGAUUGAGCACUUCGUCUCCGAGAUCUCGCUGUAA